UGAAUGAUAUAGAAAUAUUUUUAACCUCUAUAAGGCAGAAAAAUGCAAACCAAAUUGGAAAGUAUGAGAUGUUGUAUAGUGGAUUAUUGGUUGGAGAGCAUCAUUUUAGGAAUUCAAAUUUAUCAAAAUUGUCUAUGACCGUAUAA